AUGGGGAGGUUCUACUACUGCCUUUAUCUCUGCCUGCUGCUUGUACUGGUGACGACUACAGCCUAUGCAGCAACUCCAGUCCCGCAUUUGAAGAGUGUUCGGCUUUGCAACCAGUGCUCCAAAUGCGACUCCAGCACAUGCCCCCCAAGUGAAGCCUACCCACAUAUGACAGCAUUUGACGACACUCUUAUCGCUGGUGCUUUACAGUCCGACUAUGUGGAUUUGCAUGACAAAGGAGUUUAUUCAGUGCCAGAUAUCAAAGGUGGCCAGUCAACAAAGUACAAUGCUUAUUUUGGCUGGAAAUCAACUUCUGGUUCAGCUUCUGGAUAUCACAGGUUUAGCAACUACAUGGACAAAUGCUCGGGCGGACAAACCUAUCUCACAGCGGACAAGCAUGGCAAGGUCAGCCUUCGAUCAUUGAGAUCGCUGAAAAGCUUAGCAGAAGCAGACUGGAAGUCUUAUAGUCCCCCUAAAAAACUUAAUCACCGUGAGUUCCGUUUCUGGGUCUCUCGCAGAACAGGAAAAUGCCUCACUGUUUUUGGAGGUGACAAAAAGAAACGAACUGUGGGUGUGGCCGACUGCAAGUUUAAUGGCUCAAACCGUGGCCAGCUGUUUGCCUUCCGCUUUCACUACCACCAAGCCUUCUGUUGCUGUGGUGUUCACAAUGAGUGAUCUGAUUUCAAGAAUUCAUACUUUAAAGGGCCCCAUAGUCAUCUAACCGUUGACACAGUUCAAAUAUUUUGAAAGAAACUGAACAAUGUCAUAUCUACAGUUAAGCCAUACAAAUCAUAUUUCAAUAAAAAGAAAAAAUAAGUCUUGUAACCCUGUGUGUAAGGCUGUGUGCAUACAAGUGCACAUAGCCAAGCAUAGAUUGCACUAGAAUAGACCUUCUAUAUUUGUAUACGCAGGCAAUGCCUAAGUGAAAAGAAAAAUUACUUGGAA